AUUUGUGCCGCAGUUCAGUACUAACUGUCGUCGAACGUGGGCAUUCGUGAGGAUUUAUUUUUGGUAGAUUUUCCUAAUUUUGGUCAGGAGACGAGGAAAUUCACUUGUAUAAAUCACCAAAGAUGCCCGUCGACACUGAAGGAGUGAUUUCCCUUGUGAUCGCAGUGUGCCGAGAGGAAGAAAUGGAGGUCGUCAUAAAGGAAACAUUUUUAGGGACGCUGUGGAACCUCUUCUUCAAGGCUGGCCCUAACAACUAUGCCAGAGCUGGAUUAGUGGAAAGAGCUGAAUCUGACAACAAACCAGAGAAGAAAACCAAGAGAGUCGAGGUCAUUAUAGAACAAGAUCUGACGCCAGAACAGCAUGAAGAACUUGCAGAUUCUGUGAGGGUAGCAGUGAAAGAUUUGGGUUUCACGGAGAUUAGCCCUCAAUGCAUAGAACAGUGGUCUGUCAAAAGGCGGAUUAUUGAGGUGGUCAGACGGUUCUUCGAGUUUCAACUGAAUAUGGAGAUUGUGUAGCUGUUGUGAUAUUUCCCUGACUCCCUGACCACCACUGUGUUUGCGAAAAUCACCUUUCACGCACUUUGUUUCCAUAUGCUGGCCAAGCAAAUUAUGCCGUCAACUUAUCUGAAGAUCCUAUAUGCUAUGCUCAGACUGUCUGUCACGCUAAAAACCUAGGUUCUUUAUAUCCUCUUUUCUCCUGUUCAUUAUCUGUUUCUUGGGAGCAAUUUGUUUUCCUUCUUAUUUUCACAUUCUUUUAUUAUUUAUUCAUAAUCUUCUCAAUCAUGCAUAUUUCAUUGUGAUUAUUAGGCAUGUUGAGCUUAUGUUCACUCAUAGGGUACAUUUUCUUUCUUUCUUUAUUAUUUUUUUUUAAGUUAUUCAGUUCAUUUACCACCUCCUCCCACUCUUUUAUUCCAAUGUCACUCUUUUUAGUUAUCUUUUGUUAUAUUCUGUUUCCUGGAUUUUUGUUUUUUGUUUAUUUUCUUUGUAAUUCAGUCCCUUGCAGAAUACACACACACACUACCCACACAUGCACACACAGGCAGAGCGUGUGGAAUUCAUGUCAAACAAACUGCCCUGGUGAAGCAGUAAAGUGAAAAGGCAUUCCUUCAGUAUAUCUGUGUGUUAUCCUGUCAUACCUUUGUUCUACUUUCACUCAGACACAGACACAGACACACAAUCUUGGUUAUUUAGCAUUAAUUUUAGCCGCAGCCCUACUAUAUGCGCAUGCUAAGGCCACCCUGGGGAUCUGCCUGUUUUAUUUUUUCAUUUACUAGGAACUGAAUUUUAUAAUGGAUAGAAUUUGAUUCAAAUUUCACUCUUUUCUUACCACUGGCUUUGGUUCAACUGAUACUGAAUUUAAUCAGUCAUCUCAUUUCCUAAUGCUUCUAAUAGUUUGGCAACCUGUUAAACAACUUGAAUGAUUGAGUUUUUGUCUUUACAUAUAUAAUGACGUAUAUAAUGACGUUACAUAUAUAAUGACGUAACUUUCAUUUCCUCUUGUAGAGAGAAGAGGAAAAGCUUGAGUUAUUUUUUAAGCUUUCCCCGGUAAUUAUUAAGUUGUCUUUGCAUAUAUAAUGAUGUAACUUUCUCUGUUUUUGGAAAGAGAAGAGGGAAAGCUUGAGUUAUUUUUUAAGACUGGAUGUGUCUAAUUUUUGGGGAAAAAACCUUUAAGAGCCUAUUCUAUUGGCAUUAUAGCCUUUGUAAAACUUGGAAUCACUUAUAUUCUCUACAGUGCCAGUAUAUAUUCUGACUCUCUUGUCUGAAAAGUCCUCCUUAUCCCUCCACUCAUAAAUUUUCCUCAGAUGACUGCUUGCUCAGUGUGAUGAUUUAAAGCUCAUGGCAUUACUCACAAAUAGGCAUGGGUCUUUUACAACUAUUUGUUCUUUGAUCUCUACUAGUGUGUAGAAUGUGAUCUUGAUCUAUCAAAAUUACUGGUUUCAAAAUUACUUUACAAAAUAUAUAUCCUACAAUUAUCUAUCUCCAUCUAUAAAUGGAAAUUUGUCAGACAUUGACAAUCAUCCUCACAAACAAAACCGUCCAUUAAUGAAUGUUAUAAGAUAUAUAAUAUAAUAUUAUAUAUUAAUAUAAUAUAUAUCAAAACAUAUUGCACAAUCCUAUGUUUUUCUUACCAUCAUAAACUUGAUCUUGAUGAUAGAGAACUUUGUAGACUGAAAAUUACGGUAUAAAAGAAUAUAUAAAAUAAAACAAAAAGUUACACAGUUCUCUUUUAUCCUAAGAGUUUACUUGUAGAUUGUGGAGAGUGUAACUUGAAUUCAUUUCUGUACAAGUUCUUAUAACAGGAAAAUUAGGAUUGCUAUCAUUAAAGGCGUGUCACAAUCUCUGAAAUACAUUAGGAUAAUGAAAAAAUCAUAAUAAUGAACAAUUUAAUUAAUUUCUCACAAACUACUAUAGGACAGAGACACACAAAAAAGGCAGAAAAUUAUUGUAGACAGUAUAAAAACAUUACUUGUGUUAGACGAGACUUACUCUAGCUGUAUGAAUGUCAGUUAAACGAAAUAUGAAAAGGAGUUCACUGACUGACAGAACAAUCAUAAGUAAGGGUAUACAGUACAGUAAAGUAUAUAUAAAACUUGAUGAAAGAGUAAAAUUCAUAAUAUUUCUGACUUUUUAUCAUGUUGUAAUCAAUUUUUAUUCUCAACACUAAUCCGGUUUUCAUCAAAUGAAAACACAUCAUUUAUAUUGUAUUAUUUUUAACAUUAUUGUCAACAAAAUGAACUUAUUGUAUUUUGUGGUACUGUUAAAAGCAAUUACCACAUUAAAAUUUUUAUAUGAAUUUAUAAGUAUAAGAUAUUAUCCCAUACUAAUUUUUAGAUGAAUUUAUAGGUAUACAACUUAAUAAUAAAAUAUAUGCGGAGUUUAUAUUCCACAUAGCUAUUUUUAUUACAGCUGUAAUAGUUUGCUUUUGCUAAUUUACAAUUCAGUUGCAGUUACAUGGUCAAAUGCACAGAAUAUUGUGUACAGACGUACCUAAAAUAUACUGUAGAUAUACAAAAAAUGCUUU